AUGGGGAAAAAUGAACUAGUUUCUGACUAUUUCACUAGAGUCUUGGCUGUAGUGAAUCAACUUCGGAGAAAUGGUGAGAAGAUCGAAGAUGUUCGUGUGGUGGAGAAAAUUCUCCGAUCACUUCCUCAGAAAUUUGACUAUAUUGUUUGUGCCAUCGAGGAGUCAAAAUACUUGGAGAAGAUGAUAAUUGAUGAACUCUUGGGUUCGUUAAAUGCCCACUUGAAAAGAUUUAGCAAGAGAAAUGAGCCAGAGGAGAAGGCUCUUCAAACUAAGCUUUCUUUGAAGGUUGGCCGAGAAGAUUCAAAAGAAGGAAGUAACGACGGUCAUGGUCGUGGAAGAUUUCGAGGUCGAGGAUGUGGUUUCUAUGGCAGAGGAAGUCACAACAACUUUGAAGAAAGAGAUCAAAAUAAAAGAUCUUUUAGAGAUCGUGGAUGUGCAUUCGGAGGAGAUUGUGAUAAGGAGGAUCUUUGGUAUCUGGUUACUGGUGCCAGCAACCAUAUGUGUGGCAAGAGAAGUAUGUUUGUCGAUAUGGACGAAUUUGUGAAUGGCAAGGUCACUUUUGGAGAUUUCUCAAAGAUUCCAGUGAAAGACCGAGACAAAAUUCUUAUUCACCUAAAUAAUGGAGAAGAAAAGUUUAUCACUGAUGUUUAUUAUGUGCCUAAUUUGAAAAGCCAUAUAUUGAGUUUGAGACAACUCUUAGAAAAUGGCUAUGAUUUUUACACAAAAGAUCAUAGUCUUUUUCUUCAAGAUCAAAAAUGUAGAUUGAUUGCAAAAGUACAUAUGUCAAAGAAUCAAAUGUUCAUGCUAAGCCUUCAAGGUAUAGGUGUGAAAUGUUUGAAAUCUUGUACCAACGAUCUUGCUUGGGUAUGGUACUUAAGAUUUGGGCAUCUCAAUUUUGACAGUCUGAAGACAUUAGCCGAUAGAAGCAUGAUGAAAGGGUUGCCAAUAAUUGAUCAUCUUGAGUAA